AUGCCAGAAGCAAGUGAAUCAAACGAAUAUAGAGAGGAAGAAGGUAGUCAAGAAGAAAGUAGACCAGAAAAUGAACUUGAAGAUGUAAUCUCUGAGGUUGACGAUAUUGAUAUGUUAGUUGAAGAUCUUUCGAUUGAGAAUAAUCCAGAAGUUCAAGAGUUAAUAAGUAAUAUUAAAAAAUAUACCCACCUGAUAGAUCAACCAGUCAUGAUCGAAGAUGCACUAACAGAUAAAAGAAUCAUCGAAAUGAUAAAUUACGAAAGCAUUAGAAAAAUUAUAAAAUUUCAAGAAAGCCUCAAAGUCAGAAAAGGGUUUGAUAAAAAAGAAUUAAAGGUACUGCGAAAACAAUUUAAAGAAUGGUAUUAUGAAAGAGAAAAAAAUAAGAAGCACCUUUCAAUCUUAUCUUUUUUGGGUCUAAAUGAUUGA